AAAAGGUUGUUGCAUAUUAGAAAAACAUAAACAAUGAAAUUCAAUAUUUUAGCUAAUUUAUAAGUAAACGAUGAGGACUAUAUUAUUUAAAACAUUUCUAGGAUAUACUUUAACAUCCAAUAGUAUUAUCAAUAAUGCUAGAAAGUGUAAUCACUCUUGGAUAAACCGUGAAAAUUUUAUAUUAAAAUUCUUCUCAAACAAAAGUGAAAAAGCUUUAAAACCGGAAAAAGAAAAUCAUUGCAAUGUUGGAACUAUUGGACAUGUUGAUCAUGGUAAAACUACUUUGACAGCUGCAAUAACCAAAAUUCUGGCUAAAGAUGGUCUCGCUGAUUUCAUUUCAUAUGAUGCAAUCGAUAGAGCACCAGAAGAAAAAGCAAGAGGCAUUACAAUUAAUGCAGCUCAUAUUGGAUAUGCAACUAAAGCAAGAACUUAUGCCCACACUGAUUGUCCAGGUCAUGCUGACUACAUUAAGAAUAUGAUUUCUGGUGCAUCACAAAUGGAUGGAGCAAUUCUUGUUGUUGCUGCUACAGACGGCACAAUGCCACAGACACGUGAACAUCUUCUGCUUGCAAAACAAGUUGGAAUCGAAAAAGUUGUCGUUUACAUCAAUAAAGCAGAUCAAGUGGAUCAGGAAAUGUUAGAAUUAGUGGAACUUGAAAUUCGCGAACUUCUCUGUGACUUUGGUUUUGAUGGCGCAAACUGCCCAGUCAUUCAUGGUUCAGCACUUCAAGCACUGCAAGGAGUAGAUAGUGAAAUAGCUGAACCAUCAAUUAGAAAACUUUUAGAUGCUCUUGACAGUUAUGUUCCAAUACCUGUGCGAGAUCUCACAAGUCCGUUCUUAUUGCCUAUUGAUAAUUCAUUCACUGCACCUGGACGUGGAACUGUUGUCGUUGGCACAUUGAAACGUGGAAUUCUCAACAGAAACGACGAAGGUGAACUUUUAGGAUUUGGUCAAGAUCAGAAAACAACAAUAUCGGAAAUUCAAGUUUUCAAGAAAAAUGUCUUAAAAGCUUAUGCUGGUGAUAACGUCGGAGUUCUGCUUCGUGGUGUGAAGAUUUCCUCAGUUCAACGUGGAAUGCUUUUAUGUGCUUAUGGAACCGAAACCAUGUCGAAUCAUUUUGAUGCUAGCAUGUAUGCUUUAUCACGUAGUGAAGGCGGCCGAAUAAAACCAAUAAGCUCAAAGUACAUUCAACAACUUUUCAGUCGAACUUGGAGUAUUCCUGUAAGAUUAGACUUUCCAAACAACUCAAUGUUGAUGCCUGGUGAUCACGCAAAUUCAGUUAGAUUAACUUUAUUCUCAAAGAUGGUCAUGUCGAAAGGUCAAUCUUUUACAAUUCGUGAAAAUGGUUGCACUGUAGCUACAGGUGUUGUAACAAAUCAACAUCCACCAGUUAAUCUUCCUUUAAAUAAACUUUCAAAACUUGUUCUUAACAUUUAAAGCACCAACGAUGUCGAAAAAUGAUUGUGAACUCCUUCAAGAUUAAAAUUUAUGAAUAAAAAUUCAUUAGUGAAAAACUAA